GUGUAACCACCGUUAACAUUAAUUUAGCAACUUGUACUCCAGCUCACGUGGCGGACUUCGGUUCCUAAUCUUGGUUUCAGCUCCAAUACUGCUUUCGCGAAAGUUCUUUCUUCGCUGUGUAUCACCAUCUAUGGAGGACUGAGAGAAAGGCAACAACUUGUCACAGGCACAUCGUGAUUCGGUUAGACACUCAACGCCAGAUCCAGCUCGAUGCGUCCAUAUCUCUGGCCGCGCUUCAACUCCAUGUAACCGAAAUUGUUUUACGGUCACAUGACGCCUGGCGGCCUAAUGUUUGUUUAGGACUACUGUAUCAUAUGUCACACGUGAUAUAUGAUCUAUACACUGCAAGCGUGGUCUGUCAAUGCAAACAUGCGUUUGGACCUGAAGCUUCUCGCCAAAGUUUGAUGGAUUCUCUGUCGUCUACGCAGCGGGGGAUCGCUGCAUACGAGAGACUUUCGGGAGUUGUGAUUCUUGCAUGCAAUCGACGAUGGAAGCUUCCGUCGGCGUUCGAGUGUUGAAAAAAAGAAAGAGUGAGGCUGUUCGUGCAUCGGAGGAAGAAGAAAGGGAUUCUCCAACGCUGAAGACAAAGUCCAUAGCUAGUAGGCGUGAUCGCGAUUCAAAAGACAAAGUUAUCUAUAACUCAGGGAAAUGGUGUAUUGCGUGAUGUACUUAUAAUAAGCAUGCAAUUUACCAUCUCCCUUCUGACUAUAUAAUUGUUCAACAACAGCCCCACUUCUUUCUUUACAGAACUCCAGUAUAUGUUCACUUUUCUCCCUAAACUGUUUCACAUUGUUCGCCUCUUCGACAUCCCCUCGCCUGUUGCAGCUAUAGUCUGCAAGAAUCGUAACUUUGUCUUUUGCUCAUUCUAGCUAUGGACUUCGUCUUGGGCGGUGGAGAAUCAAUUUCUUUUUUAUAGAAAUAGACUCACUCAUUCUUUUUAUCGACACUGGACCGCGGACGGAUUCUUCCAUUUUCCAUUGCUCCAUGCAUGCCAUGAAGGCAUGCUCCAACCAUGCAAUUUGCAUUCAGCUGAAAGUGGUGAAGGAAAAGCCAACAGGUCAUCUUCUCGCGAACGACUUUCUCCAUCUUCAAGAGAUGAAGAUGAAAUGGACGAUGACAAUGCUGACUACGAAGUUCGCAGGAGUUGUGAUACGUCGGAGGAAGCUGCUCAGCGUGUCUAUGACAAGAAUAAGCCUGAAGCUGGCAAACAUUCAAAAAAGUACGAACAUACAGGGAAAGGGAAACAAAAACUAGAAACAAACUCUGGCAAGGGUAAAAGACCUCCAGUUUUUAGAGUGGAUGAAACAUACACAACCAUUUCUGACGUGGAGAAAGUGAACUUCAAGAAGAAGCUCGGUGAAAUGCAUAAGACUUCUACAAAAGUGGCAUCGACAGCAGAGAUUGGUUUCGAUAAUGAUCUGGAAAGGCCUGAACGUUGGAGACCAAAGAAGCAGGCGGCUUCUGGUAUGAAUAAAAUAUUUUUCUGGAGAGCAUAUUAACGAUAGACUGAAACCUAAAUGGGUCUACAUAUAUCCAUCAUCGAAGAAAGUUGGACGUACGGCUGCAGCAAAAGACGGAAGAACAAAAUUACCAGACCCAUUUAGGAGCAUCUUGAUAUAAAGGCCAGAAAGGCAAUCACAUCACACCGACUCCAGGUUAAUCAAUCCACAUGCAGCAACAAGGAGAAAGCCGAUGCAGAGAAAAAAACUGUGAACCAUAUGCAAGCCAAGAAGACGGGAAGAAAAAAAAACAAGCUGAAUCCGUGGAUCAAAAUCUUGAAUCGAGCAAUUGGCAGGAAAGCUAUAGCCACAGUGAUAGCAUGAUAGAAGGCAUUUUAUAUGUUGUUAAUGCAAGACUAUCAUGAGGAGGCUGUUGGAUUACACUUCGCAAUGUAUGACAAUAGCAGUCAACCUUUACUGACAUUUGGGAUUGACAAAUAAGGUUGAUGCACGGGCCAGUAAUACUAUUCAUCUGAUCUGAUACAGUUCGGUUUUUAAUAAGGAAGAUGGCAACCAAAAUAUAUGGCAGUGGGACAUAGUAUGUAAUAUAACAGUCCCAGUGUCAAAACAUGUCACACUUUUCCAGAGAUAGCUCAGCAACUCAUGACUGCAUACGUACAUCAUUGAUUUUAGAUAGCAGUGUUGUUUCUUUCGAUUGAAGAUACCAAUGUGGCCUCUGCCUUGGUUGGUGGCCGUUUGAUGGAAUAUCAGGUAGCUUGCUGCAACGAG